AUAGUACUAUCUUAAAUCGUGCUUGUAAUUAAAAAUAUUAUGUUAUAAAUAUAAAUAAAUUUAAACCAGAUUAUGGUUCUCUUAUCGACCUGAGUUACUAACUUUGUUCGUAGAUUUGUCGUAUAUUACCGUCGCGAACUUCUGAUACACGGCUCUGUGUUUUUUUUUGUUAUGGUUUCUUUUUUUUUCUAAUCUUAAAUCUUUUACCUAUAUCAAUAUCUGUCUAAUUAUUUUCAUGAAUUGCGCCUAUUGAAUAACUUUUAAAAUAUCUUUAGAGCUUAGAUAAUAUUUUCCCAGUGCGACAGUCCAUUGCCAGUUGCCACAACAUAUAUGACCUUUGUACACAUUAAUAAACGGACGUAAGGUUAAAAGCAAUUGAAAAUGGAAUGGCGUGGGAUUGCAUACAUCACAUUAUGGUAUCUAAGUAUUACAAGUGGAUUUCUUGCUUUAUGUUGUCCAACAGUACCAUUGAUGUUUGUUUGUCCACACGCUUUUCGUUAUAUUAUUGGUAUCAUAUUCUCUGUGUGGGAGAUGUAUCCAACCAUGUUGAUGCGUUUAUUGUUCGACACUCGUUUUGUAAUAACUGGAGAUCACAUUAAUCCAUUUGAUGGUGCAUUAUUAAUAAUGAAUCACCGUAAUCGGUUGGAUUGGAAUUUUUUGUGGGGUGGUAUAUACUACAGCUCCAAGCCACCUGCGCAUAAACUAAAAAUGGUACUUAAGUCAGCUAUUCGACAUGUACCUUUUGCUGGUUGGGUGAUGCAAUUAUCGGGAUUUUUAUACAUACAUCGUCGUUGGGAUCAUGAUCAGUCUUCAAUGGAAAAACAAUUAAAAUACUUCCGAGAUGUAAAUGAUACUCAUCAGAUUCUAUUGUUCCCUGAAGGAACAGAUCUAUCGCCAAACAAUAUUAUACGUAGCAACAAAUAUGCUGAAAAAAAUAAUCUUCCUAGUUAUAAAUAUGUGCUUCACCCAAAAACUACAGGAUUUGUCUUCCUUGCUGACACCAUGCGAAAAAAUAAUCAAAUUAAAGCAGUGUAUGAUUUGACAAUUGGUUAUCCAGAUUUAAUACCACAAAGUGAAAUGGAUGCCUUACGAGGUGUAUUUCCAAAAAGUGUGCAUUUUCAUAUAAAACGAUAUGAUGAGGCAGAUUUACCAUUAACCUCAGAUGGCUUAAAAUCAUGGUUAAAUAAUAUUUGGAAGCUGAAAGAAAAAAGAUUAGCUGAUUUCACUGCCACUUCAUCGUUUUCAUCCAAUCCUCAACCUACACUCAAUUAUAAUCAACCCAUUGAUAAUGCUCUCUAUUUAGCUCUAAUAUUUUGGACCCUAGUUCAGAGUAUUGUUAUUCAUGGUAUAAUAACAUCAUCAUUAUUCCAAUAUUGGUGUUUGUUUUGCAGUAUAGUAUUUUUUGGAUUCUCGUUUACUGAAGAUGGUUUCCAAAUGUUUGAGGUCAAAUUGUUUAAUUUCUUAAGAAAUUGAGAAAAAAAAACAUAAAUAAUAUAUUAUGUGUUCAUUGUUAUAUUAUUAGGUAUACGGUAGGCAUACAUAUAAUAUUAUGAAUUAUGUAUUAUUGCAUAGUUACCUAUAUUGACGUCUGUAAUAAUAGUUAUUAUUCGUGAAGUUUAUUUUACUACUUUAAAUUUUGUAUACGAUAAUUAUUAUAAAAACUUAAUUAUUUAUAGGUUUAUUUUGUUGAGAAAUAAACAUAACAUUCAAUUUUAAAAUUUUAGAUAUUAUAUUGUAAUACAUAACAAUUAUUAU